AUGCCAGAUCCACUCUCGAUAGCUGCGAGCUCUUUCGCCGUUGUCGGCGUUGCCGACUUCGUGUUACGAGCAAGCAUCGAGUGUUGUCGAUUCCUUUCCGAGAUUAAAGAUGCGCCAGAUGAAAUUAGCAGACUACAAAUAAGUAUCAAGGAGAACAAGCAACUCGUCAAUGCCUUGAAAACCCACCUAAACGAUCUGCGAGACCCUGCGUCAUUGAUAUCCUUCUCCGCCGUUGAAUUGAAUCAAGCAUUUGAUGGGUUCAAUACGUCUGUCAGAGCUUUGAAACGCGAGCUGAACAAUCUACUAGGUUUGGAGAAAAGACACAACGGGGUCGAUAAAACGUGGGGAAGAGUCAAGUGGCUCCUUGAUGAGCGGAAAGUCCGCAAAUCACUAGAAAAGUUAGAAUGGUCGAAGUCGACGUUGAGCGUGUCCCUGUCGCUCGUUGAAGGGUUUGUUGAUUCACUCACCAUUCACUUAUUAGCUCCACUCAAGGUGUUAGAGAAUGUGGUCCAGCAAAACUUUCAACGAAUCACAUCAACGAUGAGUAUGCAACUACAAGAGCUGUCAGUAGUAAGAGACGGUGAAGAGAAAAUGCUGGGAGAGCAAGAAAAUAUCAGGCUUCAAUCAACGCAGCAACUCAAAAAGAUAGGUCUGAUACGGAAAGACCAACUCAAAGCCAGUCGGAUUGAUCAAAUGGAGCAUGCUAAGACCAGAGGAAUUAUUACAGAAGGCCACCGGAAAGUCAUGAAUGCCAUCUCCAAGCUUCAGGACUCACGAACCACCCUUUCUAAAGCUCCUAUCAUAGCAAGAAAGACCAACCGCGAGAUCUACUUCAUUGGGGAACGUCGAGAAUCCAUUUUAACUCCCCUCCUCCUUAUGAAAGAUCAUGUCCGAUGGGCUGUUCUUCAUGUUGCCUCCUGUCAUGCCGAGAGGAUCUCGCCGAAGCAUCUAUUUUGGCUACGGUCGGAAUUCGAUAGUCUUAUAUCGUCGGCGACUCAAGAAGCUGCCGCCAUCUGUCCAGGCUCUACAGCCAUGCCAUUUGAUCAAUGGAACUAUUCUACAGGGUCGACUCCAUUUUCCGACACAGGUGUACCCCUAGGCGCUCCCAUUUCUAGAGAUGAUUUUGAGGAUGAAGGCCAUUCAAGAGCAACGAUAAUAGGACAUCAUGGAACAGCUCAUCGGAGACGAUUUCGUUUCGAUCAUCAGGUCUUCUCAUCUAGCUCCCCCGCUGGGCAGCUUCAUAUGACGGUCCCUCUUAUUUCUAACGUUCCAAAUGUUACCUACAAUAUGGAUGAAGCGCGCCUUUCGUUCAUUCCAUCUAUUGGAAUUUGUUCCACCUCAAUCGAUGCUCGUUUCGUCAAAUCCAUGAAUUAUGGGCCAGAACCGAGACUGUACGUACAGCUCAACGCUUUUCGCCUUGUCGAAGACUUGGGUCUACACAGGACACUUUUUUGUAAUGGCACCCUUGAAGAAAUUGAUGCCGCCUUUCGAAGUGGAAUUUAUGCAGCCAGAUAUAUUCGUCCGGAGGUGCUACAAUAUCUUGACAAUCAAGGGGUAGGGCCUGUGGCCCUGAAUGGGGAACUAGACGCUCUGGAUGGACUCUGGGACGGUAUCCAAGGCUUAUGUUCUGAAAUGUCUUCUAUUGAAUUAUUUUACCAGACGCUCUCUUACUUCGAUGAAAAAACGACAACAUUCAACUCAUCUCACUCCGAAUCUCUGUUACACGCGGUAUGUUGGCAUCCAGAACUAAGUUUCCCAGAGAAGACACCAUUACUUGAUCACGUGAUGGGGAUAGGAGGAAGAAGUCUGGCAACCGUUCGUCUUCUUCUAGAAUUUGGCGUGAAUUUGGAUGCGGCUGAUUUAGACGGGCGCAACGCCAUACAUGCUGCAAUGUACUCUAACAUUAGGUUGGGUGAACGUAUGUUACCCGAGGUUCUUGAAGAAAUGCUCAGCUUAUUGAUCGAAGCCGGAGUUGAUCUUCACCACCGCGAUAAAUGGGGAGAUACCCCAUCAUAUAGCGCUCGAUACGAUCACAAAUGCUGGGCUGCGUGGUGCAGAGCAUUGGAACGAAAUGGAAGGAAGAUUGAUGAAGUUGUCCAGGAGGAUGAGGAAUUGUGGCUUCUGGAGGAAAGCAGUGAAGAGGAAG